AUGUCUUCAAAUAAUUGCGGCCUUGAAGAAAUUGAUGUCACCUUACCAAUGACUAGUACACAAAUUGAUACAUUGACCAAAAAGUUGAAGAAACCUCUGAACGGUUUCUUCCUAUUUAGAACAGCAUACAGCCAAAUUCUGAGUGGCAGGAAUAUUCGACUAAAUAUUUCUGAAGUUUCACGAAAAGCGUCGGUCAAAUGGAAAGCUAAACCCGAUUUUGUCAAACAGGAAUUUAAAAAUUUGGCUAAACAAAUAAACGAAACUAUUUCUGCAAGAAUACCAUUGCAUACCAAAACCCAGAAACCGAAGAAAUACAAAUGGAGGCCACCUAUUAUGCAAAAUUCAAAAAAAUACAAUGAAUCUAAAAUCACCUCAGAUAAUUUGAUACAAGUGCAAUCUCUUCCUGACCCUCCCGCAAUUGAUAAUAAUCAAGCCUUGCCAUUUUCUGAUAAUCAACAACAACCUCCUAUAAAUUUUCAUCAAUCUCCCUUUCCGCCAAUUUUCGAAAGUGUUUCAAAUUCUUUCGAACAAAAUGUUUCCUCAAAUUUUUCUUUUGAAACCGGUCUUAUGCUUUGA